CUACAACUGGUUUCUCUCGAUUAGUAUACAGCACUGUAUAUAUCGUGUAUUUAAAAAUUUUGCAAAGCUGUAGGAAUAUUAUUCGACGACGUAAUGUAACUGAUCAGACCUUUCUAAUCAUUAACUUCCUUUACUAUACGUAUAUGCAUACAAUCGUUUUAUACUCUUGUUUGCACUUGUAUGUGUAUCUAUCAAAAGUUAUCACACAUUUAUUAUAAACAGUACCAACAACAUUCGUUUUCUUUUGUUGUAAGACGACUGACGUCAAGAAUAUUGUUAAAACAACUAUCUCAAAUGGCGCGAACAAACCCGAAAACUCGAUAUUCCGAAAACAAACGGCACUCCGAUUUGCCGCGUUUCGAAUCAGUUGUUAGAAUCUCCAACCUGCCUAUUGUAGAAAACAGUAUACAUAUCGCUGGUAACGUUUACGAUAAACUAAAGCGUUCAAAUUCAUUGAUGAGCUGGAGUUUAUAUACUGCCGAACAAUCACUUGCAAUUGCAACAGCGUCAGCGAAACCUGCGAUUUCCGUAUUAAAUGGGCCUAUUAUGACGAUCGAUCAAUUGCUCUGUAAAGGUAUCGAUAUCGUUGAACAGAGAGUACCAGCCGUACAUCUUCCUCCGCAUCUUAUAUACUGCAAUGCACGAGAAUAUGUGAGCAACAAAAUCGUGAGGCCUGUUCUAAUGCGUGCCGGAAGCGUGAAACUGAUAGGAAGCCAAGCCGCGAACGCAGCGGUAGAUAGAUUAGAUGGGGCUCUAACUGUCGCAGAUAAAUAUGUUGAUCGUUACUUGCCUGCUGAUUCUACCGAUACAGUAGACCAUGAUUCCUCUCCAUCUGAACCUGUGAGUAAGACCACGCGAACUAUCAAACACGGUGCCAGGUUAUCUAGGAAAUUACAAAAACGGCUAACGCGUCGCACAUUAGCGGAAGCUCGAGCGCUUAAGGAACAAGGAACGGAAUGCAUUCAUAUACUUUUAUAUAUUGUAGAAUUGUUAGCAACGGACCCAAAACUAGCAUUUAAAAAGGCGAAAGAACUUUGGGGAACAUUAAGUUUGCCUGAACCAGAAAACCAAGCUCGACCAGCUACUCUAGAACAGUUAUUGGUUCUUUUAACGCGUGAAUCUGCGCGUCGUAUUGUUCAUCUAGUGAAUGGGACAACAACGUUAGCAGCUAGAACCCCGCGCAAUCUUGGUAGACUUCUCAUUGGAGUGUCGCAUCAAUUGCUCGUAGUUGCGGAUGCUACUUUCAGAAUGAUGCCAAUUAUCGGUAAAAGGGGUGCAGCAAAAGAACAAAUUUCAGCCAUUAAUUUGGCUAUACAAAGGCUCAAUUCAUCUACAAAUCAUUUAUUGGAGCAGUUCGCAACUUUCCUAGCUGGUCGUCCAUGUGUUUCCAAAAUAACACAUGCAAAGAGUCAUCAACAAAACCACAACAACCACAUGUCGAUGUCUUCAAAACCUCCCGUAAAUGGUAUCGAUACUAUCGAGUAACAAAACUGUGGUUAUAAGUUAUUUUGCGUAAGUUCCGUCUAUGAUAGCAUUUAUUUCAAGAUUGAUAACUAUGUAUCAGGAAAACUUCUCAUUGAAAUUUCACAGUUAAAUAAUAUCCACCGAAAUAUUAUAAUAUAGUUUUCGAACACAUUAUACUCCCACACUCACAUUAAGCAAUUAAUGAAUAUUUCUCUUAUAUCGAAGACAUAAGUGUGUAUUGUAUCCGUGUCAUUCCUAGUUUUCAAUUCUUGAAUCUACAUUUAGUACAUAAAUUAUAAUGUGUCUAGAAACAAGAAAGUGCAAAAAUAAAUAUUAUGAUAAUUUCACAGUCAUCACGAUGUCAUUAAAAAAUGGUCUAUUUGUUUUGUUGACUCGAAGUAGAUUAUACAUUCUUGGCCGUAUAUAUCUUUAAGAAGCUUGUUAUUGAUGUCUCGUUAUAAUUGUAACAUAUUGAAUAUAAUAUAUAUAAGUUGUGUUUGUGUUUAA